AUGGCCGCCGCUGCAGUUCAAGCCCCGACACUUCCUGGUCCCCCGGGCCAACCAGACAUCGCAUACACCCCCAGCCAUGACAACUACCUGGCUCGGAUCAAGCGUCGCCAAGAGCAGGAAAAACUGGAAAAGUCGUUGCCGGAGGGCUUCCCGCAGAAACUGGAGUCCAAGCUAGUUUGGGACGGCAACACCCUGGCUCAGCACUACAACUGGAACUACGUCCUAACGGAUGCCGACAAGAAGGAGAUCGAUGAGGCGCUCAACCACUUCAAGUCCUUGAAGAAGCCGUUGGGCGAAAUCAGCCAAGAGACAUUCCCGCUGCCUAAUCUCCACCAGACCCUCCGCGAGAUCUCGGAUGAGAUCCACAACGGCCAUGGCUUCAAGGUUGUCCGCGGGGUGCCCGUCGAGAAGUACAGCCGCGAGGAGAACGUCAUCAUCUACGCCGGGGUCUCCUCUCACGUCGCGCCGGUUCGCGGGCGACAAGACAACCAGUUCCAAGGCGAGCCUGCGGAUGUCGUGCUCGCCCACAUCAAGGACCUCACAAAAGUCGUCGACGCCCACCGAAUCGGCGCGCCAGCGUACACCACGGAGAAGCAGGUGUUCCACACUGAUGUCGGCGAUGUGAUUGCCCUCUUCGCUCUCGGCGAGGCCGCCGAAGGUGGGCAGAGCUACUUGUCGAGCAGCUGGCACGUCUACAACGAGCUGGCCAGGACGAGACCCGAUCUGAUUCACACCCUGGCCCAGCCAUGGGACGCCGAUGAAUUCGGAAAGGAUGGCAGAUCCUACAGCAGCAGACCCCUCCUGCACCACCAGCCCGCCGCCGACGGCGUGCCCGAGCGCUUGAUCAUCCAAUACGCCCGACGCAGUUUCACAGGGUACUGGGGCCUGCCGCGGUCGUCUGACAUCCCCCCCAUCACGGAGGCGCAGGCCGAGGCCCUCGACGCCCUGCACUUCCUCGCCGAGAAGUACGCCGCCUCCCUGGACUUCCAUGUUGGCGACAUACAGUACGCGAACAACCUGAGCAUCUUCCACGCCCGUGGGGGGUUCGUCGACUCGGAGGAGAAGCAUCGUCACUUGAUCCGCCUCUGGCUUAGGGAUCCCGAAAAUGCUUGGAAGACGCCCGAGGCGCUGAAGGAGCGAUGGGACCGGGUAUACUCUGGCGUGACUCCCGAGAAGUCUGUGUUUCCCCUCGAGCCACAGAUCCGAAGCGCAAGCAGAGGGGAGUUUAAGCCUGAGGAGAAUGCCGGCUCGACUUCUUGA